AUGCGCGAGCAAGGCCGCCGAGAGCGCGUCUGCAGUCUCUGUGCGGACGCCGAAGCAGAAACUACAGCAACUGAUGUCCCAUCGGUUGCUGAAUCGACUCAGCCUGUAUCACCUGGUGAUGCAGGCGCUGGUCAUGAAGACACUCGUGUCUUCACAGAGUACGAGCUCGGUGUCUCGUACUCUCCUGAUACGGAUGACGGAUCCGUAUCGACGGCAAUUGAAUCCAAGCCGCCUGCCAAGCGUGGCAUGGACGAUGCUUUGCGUCGCAGCAUCUUUGGUUCAUCUGAUGAGUCAGAUGAACCAUCGCCAAAGCGAAGGCGCUCGAGGUCGCGAGACUCGGGCGCUAAUAGUGGUGUCGUUUCUCCAAUGGACACCACUUCACAGCGAGGUGCCAGUACUUCUGUCGGCACGUCGCAGGAAGAGCGGGACCGCAAUGUGUUGCGUCUCGCUCCAGAAAAGAAGGCAUGGAUGCCUCCUAAAUCUGUCAUGGAUCACUUGUCGGCGACGACGAGUGAUCGUUAUCGAACACGAUUGUUCGAUUCGUCGAGGAUUCAUCACCUUGACCCCAGCGCGAAAGACUAUCGCGCUGAACAUGAGUUCUUCAUCGAUGCUUUCUUCAGACAUCGAUGGUACAGUGGGAAUCACAAACGUGAUGGUCCCUCACUACUUCAGGCGUGGAACGCCUACAUCCAUAAUCUCGAGGAUGUAGGUCGUGACGCUUGGAACGACAAACUUAUCAAAGCUCGUGAUAAGUUUGAAAAGUGA